AUCUCUUGAUUCUACCGCACGGGUUUGGUCUCGUCAAACCGGAUUUUGCCUGGGUGUGUUACAAGGACAUACGUCACUUGUUGGUCAAUUACAACUUCAUGAGUCGAUACUUGUUACAGGUGGAAGUGAUGGAGCUAUUCGUAUUUGGGAUCUUGACACGAAUCGAUGUGUUCAAAAUAUUGCAGCACAUGACAAUUCAGUUACAUGUCUGCAAUUUGAUGAAAAGCGAAUCGUAUCAGGUGGCAACGAUGGGCAUAUAAAAUUAUGGGAUAUUGAAACAGGAGAAUUUAUCCGUGAAAUGACAACUUCAGGGAAUGCAGUUUGGCGAUUGGCAUUUCAAGAAACAAAAGCAGUUGUAUUGCUGCAACGCGAAGGCAAAACCGUCAUGGAAGUUUUGGAUUUCGAUGCGUUAGAAACACAGAAUUAA